GAAGGUGUACUCUUUUUCUUGUUUUUCAAGCUAGAAGUUCAGAAACUUCCUAGCAAAUAAGGCAUUAGGUGAAUACAAUAAUAGAUGGAGAAAUUGCAUUGGAACUUCCUAGAAAUUUGACUUAGGAAUAUAUACGAUCUUCCGGAGGUUGACUUAGCAUUCCAAUCUCAAAUCUCUAGUUCUACAACUUAUUGAGUUCAAUAUUUCCAGGGUUGCUCAAUCUAUUUUGAUUCAAUACUCAUUUUAGACAUCACAGAAAAAGGAAUUUAAGAUGUAUGUGACAAGGCCUCUUUCAAUGUAUCAGAGAGAUCCUUCAGCUCUUUCAUUACCUCCUCCUGAGGGUCCAAAUUCUGGUAUCCUGGUAAUCCAGGAUGAAGAAGCUUAUCAACCCACUUGCUGUUUUGGAUUGUGCAAGAGCAAUCUGGUAAGGAACCUGCCCUUCCCUCAAAAUAAGAAUUUAAAAGUUCAUUACACAAGACAAACUGGAAAGCAUCAACAAGUUUAUAUAAAUCGCGUUCUCUUUAUUCCUGUUCUUAAUCUACCACUAUUGUCCAAUCAAUACUACUGCAUAGAGAGAAAAGGGAGGCACAAAGGGGCAGCUUACAGAAACUCGAAGGAGGAGGACAUGAAGACAUACUGUUUCUGCAGCUGUAUUUCUGAUUUAGAACCACUAUCUUUGGAUCCUCAGGACAUAUAUCAGAAAUUCGAAAUUCGACAUAGAAAAUGGGGUGGUUUUGUUGCCAAAUCCGUCCCUUCGGAUGGGUUCCCUCCAAAUUUCUUGAGGAGAAAAGAUUGGGGAGUAUAUGCCUCUUCACCACCACGCGAACUCGAGUUAAAAGAAGCACCGGGACUUGACAAGACUGUCCGUGCCCGCCUUCCAGACUUCAACUUUCCAUUAUCAUAUAGAAGCCCUCCACCUGUGGUAGUAGGACGGUGGUACUGCCCUUUCAUGUUUAUCAGAGAUGGAGCACUCAAAGAUCAGAUGGAUAAUUCAAGAUAUUAUGAGAUGACACUGGAGCAACAAUGGCAACAAAUUUUUGCUUGUGAAAGUAACUAUAAUGAAGGUAAUGCUGUGACUGUGGAUGUUACUGUUGAAACCGAAGUAGUUGCAGUUGCUGGAAAAGAAGCUAUGCUGCAAAGUGAGAAGAAUGUAAUUGAUGGGGUGAUGUGGUUUAGGAGCCCUGAUGAUGUGGGAGGAGAAGCUAUAGUGGGCUUAAGUUUAGCAGUUGUUGAGAGAAUGAAGUGGGAGCAAGAGAGGUUUGGGUGGAUUGGUGCAAAGGAGAGGCAAGUGAGGGUGAAGAGAGUGGAGGAAUUUGGAGGCAGGGGAGGUUGGAGGAGAUUUGGUUGCUAUGUUUUGGUUGAGAGAUUUGCAUUGAAGAGAAUGGAUGGAAGCUUGUUGCUGACCUAUGAUUUCAAGCAUACUCAACAUAUCAUGAGCAAAUGGGAGUAAGCUUAGAUUUUGUCUGUUUUGCCCUACAUAUAUAUAAAUGUAAAUUUAUCUUUAUAACUUAAAAAAUUCCAUAUAUAAGAUUGCAAAAUACACCAUCUUUUAGUGCUUCAGGGAACCUAAUAAGUCCUCUUUCAUGUAAAGUUAUUAUAUUGUCAUAAAAUGAAUGUAUUGUUGAUUGGAUAAAGACAUUCAUUUUUCCUCUUCUUCAAUGCUAUGUACCAACACCAAAUAAAAUUCAUCAGUGUUCUUGAGCC